AUGGUGCUCGACGACGCGCGAACGUUACCUAGUGUUGACUUAGGUUUGUACACGACGGGCUCAGGGGUAGAAACGCGAGCUUCGCCAUCGACUUUCCACAGCUUUCGCGCGCACCGUGCAGCAGUUCGCACUCGACGUUUUUGUCUGAUUUCCAGUGCCGUGAAGUGGAAGAGCUCUUGGUACCAAGUAUGGAUUUUUCCGCCCCAUUGCAACCUCUUACUCCAUGGCUUUGCCGCCACGUUGCACUCAGAGUGUGGGAAACGCCGCCGUAGCCAAUCACCACUUUUUUCGUCGCGUAAUGAGCCAAUCCAAAUAAUUGUCGUCCCCCUACCCCCAAACUCGGAAUGUGGGGGUGGAAGAGGCGCUGACGAAGUAACGACAUGUCUCAGCUGCUGUCGUCUCGGCGCUGGCACACAAGCCAGCGCCUUGUUUGCCCGUCCAGCCCCAUCGCUCGAUGGUCUUCAUUUGCAAAUAGUUCGAGUGGUGAGCAGGCGACCCGUGGCACUCUCUCGACCGCCGCAGCAAACGACCGACCGACCGACCGACCGCGCCAUGCCGAACAACAGAACGUCGGGCUCGGCUCUGCGCCGCGUACGGGCGACGCCCGAGUCGCCAGCCUCGCCGCACGUGCCGCAGCUCGUCGUGCGGUCGCCACACCACAGCUGCGAGACGCUGCAGGUGGCUAUGGGCGGCACGGCCAUUGAGCGCUCGAUGAUCAAUGUCGGCUCCAUUGCCGUGUACCAUGUCAAGCCCGUGGUCUCGACCGACAACAAGAUGGGGAAGAAGACGACGAUCUUUGCAGUGCACGUGCAGAACGCCAUCACGGGCCGCAGUUGGGUCGUCCAUCGACGCUACUCGGACUUCCUCAUGCUGCGCGGCCUCAUCAAGGAGCACUUUAAGCUCUUCCAUGGCGACUUUCCACGUCUCGCGGGACUCGUGGACGAGCUCUACUUCCCCAAGAAGCACAACUUUCGGUUUCACAUGGACAAGGUCGUGGAGCAUCGAUGCGAUGCUUUCUUGGAGUUCCUCGCGGGACUCCACCGGCUGCUCAUUUGCCACAACUACAUCGUCCGUCGCGACAUUAGUCCCAUUGGUCUCUCCAUCCUGCGUGGCUUCCUCGGCAGUGCUCUCGUACAUGAUCCGAGUCACAGAGCCUACACGUUCCACCGGCCGAUCUUGCCCAUCGAGCUUAACCCGUCCGAGCGAACGCCGGUCAAUCAGUGUGGAUCGCUCACGACUGUGAUUGAGGACGAUGCGGAGUACGAGGUGGAGGUCGGUGAGAACGUCGAACUGGACUCUGAGACCGAUGUCAUCUCGCGUGACGGCUCAACAGAGGAGAGCGCUUCGGGUUCGUUGUCCGAGGACUUGAGUGAAUGCGAAGACACAGAGGAAGAGACGGCCCGCAUAUUAGAGAUCGUCGACCGAAGACGCUCGCACAAGUACGCGCGUAACCGCCGAGUGCUCCAUUUUCUGCGCAAGGACGGCAUGGCUGCAGAAAAUAUGUGGAGUCCGACUGUCGCUGCGGAAGAGGAGGAGGCUCCAGCGUGCACGCCCCGUCCGCGCCACCGCGCUCACGCUGAGAUGGUGUACGUGCGCGCGUCGAAGAUGCUGCUACCGUCUGACAUGGUACGGAUAUCGGAAGCCCCCAAGCCGAUUUCGGCCUGA